AUGGCCCCUGCCCGCCGCCUCCUCAUCCUCCUGGUGGCCCUGCAUGUCAGGGCUGUCUGGGCUGCUCGGUGGCAAGCACAGGGAGCAGAUGAGGGUGGUGGCAGUGGUUAUCCAGCUUCUCGGCUGGAUGCUGGUUUGGAGCCCUUGGGGCAUCCUGCAGAUCCUCUUGAAGACGGUGGCUUCCCGACUUCUCGGUCCCUUCCUGUCCGCGAGCCUGAGAGCAACCCCACAGCCGUGCCGGCAGGCGAAGGCGAUGCAGCUUCCCGGCUGGGCUCCAGGACUGAGGCUUCGGGAGAUGGCAUGGUUACAGAUGGGCCUGUAGGGAGGACUUUUCCAGCUCCUCGGCUGGAUGCUGUUCUACAGCACGGCCGGCAUCGCAGGGGUCCUGCGAGAGCCAAGUACCCAGGUGACGGAGGAAGAAAGUCCCUGCAGCCAUCUGGAUUCCUAAGGCAAAUGCUGGAGGAACUGGAGAGAGGACACGAGACGGACCGAGAGGCUGUGCAGAAGGAGGUGUUUUUGGGAGGAAGCAGUGGCUCACUGCCAGUCUCCGCUGCAGGACCGGAGGCGAGGCAGGCCCCUGGCACACCAGUGCUGUCAAAGCCCGGAGAAGACCACCGCGGCAGCGUAUAUGGAUUUCCUCGAGCGGACUCAGACGUGGUCAGCGAGAGAACCACGAGUGGUGACGAGCCCCAGAGCCCCGGCAGUGUCCUCUGUCCCCAAGAUGUGCGGAGGCGCUGUAUGAUAGGCACGGCAGUACUCAUGGUUGCCCUGCCACUUGGAAUAGUCUUCUGCUGUGUCAUGAUCCGGCGGCGGAGGAAGAGGAAACAGCGUGCCGCUGCCGCUUCAGGCUACCGCUCGCGCUCGGACAGCCGGACCAGCCACCCCGGCACCGCCGAGAGAUGGAACCAAAGACAGCAGCCGACGGUCCUGCCUGGAAAACCGGCGCGCCCGGCCUCCCCGCGGCCCCCGCGGCCCCCCAGCCCAUCCCUGGCGGCUCUGCUCCAGCGGGACGAGGCCAGCACCUUCCAGGCCCAACCAACACGGCCAUCCCGCCCCCAGAGCACGUUUCUCUGACCCUCCAGCAGGGGCUGAAGGCGGCCCCGCCGGGGUAGGGCUUGGGUGUGCGCUGAGAGAAGCCCUGCCGACAGCCGCAGGUUCAGCCCUUUGUUUCAAAAUAAAGAGGGACAGAGCUGUCAGGCAAGUGUCCGUGUGCUACCAACAGCAAGCCCCGCGCGGCACCAGCACUGGCUGAGCUCCGCGCCCGGGCGCAGCCGCGGAUGCCCACGGUGUCGGCAGGCGGGAGCCGGGCACGCGGCUCCCCCGACCGGCGCCAGGCCCCCAGUGGGGGAGCCCAUGGCCAUGGCCAGCAACAGACAGCGACACCAGCCUCACCGACGUACGGUGCGGGAGGCAGUGGCGGGAGUCCGACCUGGCCAGUCGCACGGACUGGCGCGGGAGCGUCCGUCGGGUGAGGGAACAUUUAUCGCAGCGGGAUCAUCUGGCCGUGGGCCUCCUCACAUGGGAUACCCAGGACAAGAGGGAAGCCAUCAAGAACAUCGCCAGGGACAGAAGCCUGCCGAGCCAAUGCACUGCAGGCACAACAAAGGUCCUCGCCGAUUGCCUUGACGGGCCCUAACUGAUGGGCCAUCACCAACUGGGGGUGCUGCAAAGUAUGUCCACACCUGGGUGCUGGGCCUCCUGUUAAGGCACGCCCUGAGGGAGGCCUUUACUGCCUUGGCCGUACCAAAGUGGUGGCCACCCCACUGCUUGAACAGCGUGUUGAAAGGCUGGCUGGAGCAUUUGUAAGAGUUCAGCUGCGUGCUAAGGCUGCGGCCACUCCUCACAGGACACUGAAGCAGAACACCCGUUUAGAGCCAAGGCCGUUCGUGAGUACAGAGAGGGCAGUUCUGGGGGGGUGCAACAGUAAGCACAUGGCUUUUGAGUCUAAAGGGUGGCUGGGUCUGUUGUUAGUGCUGAGGCCUUGGCUUAGAUCACGGUUACUAUUGCCAAGAAAGUGUAAAAGUACCGAGGGGGAGAGGGGAUUGCCGCUUCUCCCCGAGAAGCGUGGAUGAUCUUUUUUUUCCCUGCAGUGCUUUAGCGAGGGCUUCCUCGGUGUGCGUGAGAGCUCUCCCGGUAAGAGAGCCCCGCGGGGCCCGAUGUUGGUCCAGCCGCUCCUCGAGGGGUGUUGCACGUGGCCUGGAAAGAGCGUUGGGAGAGCUGGCAGGUGCCGGCCAAGAGGUCACCAGGCCCCUCUGCUGCUCACACAGUCGGUGCUGUAGAUCGCAGGGGCGCAGGAGAGCACCCGGGGGAACGGUCACCUGCUUGCCUUGCUCUUAUGUGCCAUCCUGGGCUUCAGCCACAGGCAAGGGACCUGAGGCUAGAGCGACUUUGGGGCGGAUGCAGUCUUCCUGUUGAGAGUGUUACGG